UCAAAACGCAUCACAUAGAGCAUUGCAAGGAUUAUCUCAAGGGAUAUCGUUUGUUAUUUAUGGUUAUGACUUUGAAGAGCAGGAGGAGGCAAGAUGGCACCAGGAAAUUUUUGUACGCCCUAUUAUGCUUUUGGUGUGCGGUUCAAUCUGCAACUAGAGUUCAAGGUCAAACGACGGCAGAUGCAGGACUCACAUUGUCAACUUCAUCCACUGCUGGAACUUCAGAAACAACAGCUUUAACAACAGAGGCAACAACAACACUUCCUUCAACAGUGUCAACAUCUUCAGAAACAACUGCAGCUGAAGCAACUACUACACCAUCUACAGCCACAACUGAACCUUCCACUACUACACCAGCUUCAACAACAUCAGAGGCAACAACAACACCUACUUCAACAACAGCACCAACAUCUUCAGAAACAACAACUGCAGCUGAAACUACAACUACACCAUCUACAACCACAAUUGAACCUUCCACUACUACAUUAGCUUCAACUACAACAGAGGCAACAACAACACUUCCUUCAACAACAGUGUCAGCAUCUUCAGAAACAACUGCAGCUGAAACAACAACUACAUCAUCUUUAACCACAACUGAAAGUUCAACUACUACAUCAGCUGCAACAACAACAGAGGCACCAACAACAACACUUUCUUCAACAUUGACAGCCACAUCAUCAGGAACAACUACAGCUGAAACAACAACUACACCGUCUACAACCACAACUGAACCUUCCACUACUACAUCAACAACAACAGAGGCAACAACAACACUUGCUUCAACAACAGUCCCAACGUCUUCAGAAACUACAACUGCAGCUGAAACAACAACUACACCAUCUAUAACCACAACUGAGCCUUCUACUACAUCAGCUUCAACAACAACAGAGAUACCAACAACAACACUUCCUUUAACAUCAACACCCACAUCUUCAGGAACAACUACAGCUGAAACAACAACUACACCAUCUACAACCACAAUUGAACCUUCUACUACUACACCAGCUUCAACAACAACAGAGGUAACAACAACAAUUACUUCCACAACAGUGCCAACAUCAUCAGAAACAACAACUGCAGCUGAAACAACAACUACGCCAUCUACAACCACAAUUGAACCUUCCACUACUACCCCAGCUACAACAACAACAGAGGCAACAACAACAAUUACUUCAACAACAGUGCCAACAUCAUCAGAAACAACAACUGCAGCUGAAACAACAACUACACCAUCUACAACCACAAUUGAACCUUCCACUACUACAUUAGCUUCAACUACAACAGAGGCAACAACAACACUUCCUUCAACAACAGUGUCAGCAUCUUCAGAAACAACUGCAGCUGAAACAACAACUACAUCAUCUUUAACCACAACCGAAAGUUCAACUACUACAUCAGCUGCAACAACAACAGAGGCACCAACAACAACACUUUCUUCAACAUUGACAGCCACAUCAUCAGGAACAACUACAGCUGAAACAACAACUACACCAUCUACAACCACAACUGAACCUUCCACUACUACAUCAACAACAACAGAGGCAACAACAACACUUGCUUCAACAACAGUCCCAACGUCUUCAGAAACUACAACUGCAGCUGAAACAACAACUACACCAUCUAUAACCACAACUGAGCCUUCUACUACAUCAGCUUCAACAACAACAGAGUUACCAACAACAACACUUCCUUUAACAUCAACACCCACAUCUUCAGGAACAACUACAGCUGAAACAACAACUACACCAUCUACAACCACAAUUGAACCUUCUACUACUACACCAGCUUCAACAACAACAGAGGUAACAACAACAAUUACUUCCACAACAGUGCCAACAUCAUCAGAAACAACAACUGCAGCUGAAACUACAACUACAUCAUCUAUAACCACAACUGAAAGUUCAACUUCUACAUCAGCUUCAACAACAACAGAAGCACCAACAACAACACUUUCUUCAACAUCAACGCCCACAUCGUCAGGAACAACUACAGCUGAAACAACAACUACACCAUCUACAACCACAACUGAACCAUCAACAUCAACAACAGAGGCAACAACAACACUUGCUUCAACAACAGUCCCAACAUCUUCGGGAACAACAACUGCAGCUGAAACAACAACUACAUCAUCUAUAACCACAACUGAAAGCUCAACUACUACAUCAGCUUUAACAACAACAGAAGCACCAACAACAACACUUUCUUCAACAUCAACACCCACAUCUUCAGGAACAACUACAGCUGAAACAACAACUACACCAUCUACAACCACAACUGAACCUUCCACUACUACAUCAACAUCAACAACAACAGAGGCAACAACAACACUUGCUUCAACAACAGUCCCAACAUCUUCAGGAACAACAACUGCAGCUGAAACAACAACUACACCAUCUAUAACCACAACUGAAAGCGCAACUACUACAUCAGCUUCAACAACAACAGAAGCACCAACAACAACACCUUCUUCAACAUCAACACCCACAUCUUCAGGAACAACUACAGCUGAAACAACAACUACACCAUCUACAACCACAACUGAACCUUCCACUACUACAUCAACAUCAACAACAACAGAGGCAACAACAACACUUGCUUCAACAACAGUCCCAACAUCUUCAGGAACAACAACUGCAGCUGAAACAACAACUACACCAUCUAUAACCACAACUGAAAGUUCAACUACCACAUCAGCUUCAACAACAACAGAAGCACCAACAACAACACUUUCUUCAACUUCAACACCCACAUCUUCAGGAACAACUACAGCUGAAACAACAACUACACCAUCUACAACCACAACUGAACCAUCAACAUCAACAACAGAGGCAACAACAACACUUGCUUCAACAACAGUCCCAACAUCUUCGGGAACAACAACUGCAGCUGAAACAACAACUACAUCAUCUAUAACCACAACUGAAAGCUCAACUACUACAUCAGCUUUAACAACAACAGAAGCACCAACAACAACACUUUCUUCAACAUCAACACCCACAUCUUCAGGAACAACUACAGCUGAAACAACAACUACACCAUCUACAACCACAACUGAACCUUCCACUACUACAUCAACAUCAACAACAACAGAGGCAACAACAACACUUGCUUCAACAACAGUCCCAACAUCCUCAGGAACAACAACUGCAGCUGAAACAACAACUACACCAUCUAUAACCACAACUGAAAGCACAACUACUACAUCAGCUUCAACAACAACAGAAGCAGCAACAACAACACUUUCUUCAACAUCAACACCCACAUCUUCAGGAACAACUACAGCUGAAACAACAACUACACCAUCUACAACCACAACUGAACCUUCCACUACUACAUCAACAUCAACAACAACAGAGGCAACAACAACACUUGCUUCAACAACAGUCCCAACAUCUUCAGGAACAACAACUGCAGCUGAAACAACAACUACACCAUCUAUAACCACAACUGAAAGCGCAACUACUACAUCAGCUUCAACAACAACAGAAGCACCAACAACAACACUUUCUUCAACAUCAACACCCACAUCUUCAGGAACAACUACAGCUGAAACAACAACUACACCAUCUACAACCACAACUGAACCUUCCACUACUACAUCAACAUCAACAACAACAGAGGCAACAACAACACUUGCUUCAACAACAGUCCCAACAUCCUCAGGAACAACUACAGCUGAAACAACAACUACACCAUCUACAACCACAACUGAACCUUCCACUACUACAUCAACAACAACAGAGGCAACAACAACACUUGCUUCAACAACAGUCCCAACGUCUUCAGGAACAACAACUGCAGCUGAAACAACAACUACACCAUCUAUAACCACAACUGAAAGCACAACUACUACAUCAGCUUCAACAACAACAGAAGCAGCAACAACAACACUUUCUUCAACAUCAACACCCACAUCUUCAGGAACAACUACAGCUGAAACAACAACUACACCAUCUACAACCACAACUGAACCUUCCACUACUGCAUCAACAACAACAGAGGCAACAACAACAAUUGCUUCAACAACAGUCCCAACGUCUUCAGGAACAACAACUGCAGCUGAAACAACAACUACACCAUCUAUAACCACAACUGAAAGCGCAACUACUACAUCAGCUUCAACAACAACAGAAGCACCAACAACAACACUUUCUUCAACAUCAACACCCACAUCUUCAGGAACAACUACAGCUGAAACAACAACUACACCAUCUACAACCACAACUGAACCUUCCACUACUACAUCAACAACAACAGAGGCAACAACAACACUUGCUUCAACAACAGUCCCAACGUCUUCAGGAACAACAACUGCAGCUGAAACAACAACUACACCAUCUAUAACCACAACUGAAAGUUCAACUACUACAUCAGCUUCAACAACAACAGAAGCACCAACAACAACACUUUCUUCAACAUCAACACCCACAUCUUCAGGAACAACUACAGCUGAAACAACAACUACACCAUCUACAACCACAACUGAACCAUCAACAUCAACAACAGAGGCAACAACAACACUUGCUUCAACAACAGUCCCAACAUCUUCAGGAACAACAACUGCAGCUGAAACAACAACUACAUCAUCUAUAACCACAACUGAAAGUUCAACUACUACACCAGCUUCAACAACAACAGAAGCACCAACAACAACACUUUCUUCAACAUCAACACCCACAUCUUCAGGAACAACUACAGCUGAAACAACAACUACACCAUCUACAACCACAACUGAACCUUCCACUACUACAUCAACAUCAACAACAACAGAGGCAACAACAACACUUGCUUCAACAACAGUCCCAACAUCUUCAGGAACAACAACUGCAGCUGAAACAACAACUACACCAUCUAUAACCACAACUGAAAGCGCAACUACUACAUCAGCUUCAACAACCACAGAAGCACCAACAACAACACUUUCUUCAACAUCAACACCCACAUCUUCAGGAACAACUACAGCUGAAACAACAACUACACCAUCUACAACCACAACUGAACCAUCAACAUCAACAACAGAGGCAACAACAACACUUGCUUCAACAACAGUCCCAACAUCUUCAGGAACAACAACUGCAGCUGAAACAACAACUACAUCAUCUAUAUCCACAACCGAAAGUUCAACUACUACACCAGCUUCAACAACAACAGAAGCACCAACAACAACACUUUCUUCAACAUCAACACCCACAUCUUCAGGAACAACUACAGCUGAAACAACAACUACACCAUCUACAACCACAACUGAACCUUCCACUACUACAUCAACAUCAACAACAACAGAGGCAACGACAACACUUGCUUCAACAACAGUCCCAACAUCUUCAGGAACAACAACUGCAGCUGAAACAACAACUACACCAUCUAUAACCACAACUGAAAGCGCAACUACUACAUCAGCUUCAACAACAACAGAAGCACCAACAACAACUCUUUCUUCAACAUCAACACCCACAUCUUCAGGAACAACUACAGCUGAAACAACAACUACACCAUUUACAACCACAACUGAACAUUCCACUACUACAUCAACAUCAACAACAACAGAGGCAACAACAACACUUGCUUCAACAACAGUUCCAACGUCUUCAGGAACAACAACUGCAGCUGAAACAACAACUACUCUAUCUAUAACCACAACUGAAAGUGCAACUACUACAUCAGCUUCAACAACAACAGAAGCACCAACAACAACACUUUCUUCAACAUCAACACCCACAUCUUCAGGAACAACUACAGCUGAAACAACAACUACACCAUCUAUAACCACAACUGAAAGCGCAACUACUACAUCAACAUCAACAACAACAGAGGCAACAACAACACUUGCUUCAACAACAGUCCCAACGUCUUCAGGAACAACAACUGCAGCUGAAACAACAACUACACCAUCUAUAACCACAACUGAACCUUCCACUACUACAUCAACAUCAACAACAACAGAGGCAACAACAACACUUGCUUCAACAACAGUCCCAACGUCUUCAGGAACAACAACUGCAGCUGAAACAACAACUACACCAUCUAUAACCACAACUGAAAGUUCAACUACUACAGCAGCUUCAACAACAACAGAAGCACCAACAACAACACUUUCUUCAACAUCAACACCCACAUCUUCAGGAACAACUACAGCUGAAACAACAACUACACCAUCUACAACCACAACUGAACCAUCAACAUCAACAACAGAGGCAACAACAACACUUGCUUCAACAACAGUCCCAACAUCUUCAGGAACAACAACUGCAGCUGAAACAACAACUACAUCAUCUAUAACAACAACUGAAAGUUCAACUACUACACCAGCUUUAACAACAACAGAAGCACCAACAACAACACUUUCUUCAACAUCAACACCCACAUCUUCAGGAACAACUACAGCUGAAACAGCAACUACACCAUCUACAACCACAACUGAACCUUCCACUACUACAUCAACAACAACAGAGGCGACAACAACACUUGCUUCAACAACAGUCCCAACGUCUUCAGGAACAACAACUGCAGCUGAAACAACAACUACACCACCUAUAACCACAACUGAAAGUUCAACUACUACGUCAACUUCAACAACAACACUUUCUUCAACAUCAACAUCCACGUCUUCAGGAACAACUACAGCUGAAACAACAACUACACCAUCUACAACCACAACUGAACCUUCCACUACUACAUCAACACCAACAACAACAGAGGCAACAACAACACUUGCUUCAACAACAGUCCCAACGUCUUUAGGAACAACAACUGCAGCUGAAACAACAACUACAUCAUCUAUAACCACAACUGAACCAUCAACAUCAACAACAGAGGCAACAACAACACUUGCUUCAACAACAGUCCCAACAUCUUCAGGGACAACAACUACAGCAUCCACAACUACAACAGAUCCUUCCACUACUACAUCAGCAUCAACAACAACAGAGGCAACAACACUUGCUUCAACAGCAGUCCCUACAUCUUCAGGAACAACAACUGCUGCCGAAACAACAACUACACCAUCUAUAACUACAACUGAGCCUACUACUACAUCAGCUUCGACAACAACCAAGACACCAACAACAACACUUCCUUUAACAUCAACAGCAAAAACUUUAGGAACAACUACAGCUGAAACAACAACUACACCAUCUACAACCACAAUUGAACCUUCCUCUACAACACCAGCUUCAACAACAACAGAGGCAACAACAGUGCCAACUUCUUCUGGAACAACAACUGCAGCUGAAACAACAACUACACCAUCUACAACAAAAAUUGAGCUUUCAACUACCACGUCAAUUUCAACAACGGAGGUGACCACAGCACAUGUUUCCACAACAGUGUCAACAUCUUUAGAAACAACUGCAGCUGAAACAACGACUGCACCAUCUACAACCACAACCAAAGCUUCAACUACUACAUCGGCAUCAACAACAACAGAGGCAACAACAACACUUGCUUCAACAACAGUGCCAACUACUUCUGGAACAACAACUGCAGCUGAAACAACCACUACACUAUUUACAACCACACCUGAACAUUCCACUUCUACAACAGCUUCAACAACAACAGAAGCAACAACAACACUUGCAUCAUCAACAGUGCCAACUUCUUCUGGAACAACAACUGCAGCUGAAACAACCACUACACUAUUUACAACCACACCUGAACAUUCCACUUCUACACCAGCUUCAACAACAACAGAAGCAACAACAACACUUGCAUCAACAACAGUGCCAACUUCUUCUGGAACAACAACUGCAGCUGAAACAACCACUACACUAUUUACAACCACACCUGAACAUUCCACUUCUACACCAGCUUCAACAACAACACUUGCAUCAACAACAGUGCCAACUUCUUCUGGAACAACAACUGCAGCUGAAACAACAACCACACCAUUUACAACCACAAUCAAAGCUUCCACUACUACAUCAGCAUCAACAACAACACUUGCAUCAACAACUGUGCUAGCAUCUUUAGAAACAACGGCAGCUGAAAUAACAGCUACAGCAUCUACAACCCCAACUUAUCUUUCCACUAGUACAUCAACUUCAACAACAGAGGCAGCAACAACACUUACUUCAACAACAGUACCAACUACUUCAAGAACAACAACUGCUGUUGAAACAACAACUACACCAUCUACAACCACAACUGAGCCUUCCACUACAUUAGCUUCAACACUUGCUUCGACAACUGUGCCAACAUCUUUAGGAACAACAACUCUAGCUGAAACAACAAUUACAUCAUCCACAACCCCAACUCAUCCUUCCACUACUACAUCAGCUUCAACAACAGAGGCAACAACAACACUUACUUCAACAACAGUGUCAACUACUUCAAGAACAACAACUGCUGCUGAAACAACAACUACACCAUCUACAACCACAACUGAGACUUCCAUUACUACAUCAGCUUCAACAACAUUUGCUUCAACAACUGUUCCAACAUCUUCAGGAACAACAACUGCAGCUGAUACAACAACCACAUCAUCCACAACCCCAACUCAUCCUUCCACUACUACAUCAGCUUCAACAACAACUGAGGCAACAACACUUACUUCAACAACAGUGCCAACAACUUCAGGAACAACAACUCUAGCUCAAACAACAAUUACAUCACCCGCAACCCCAACUCAUCCUUCUACUACUACAUCAGCUUCAACAACAGAGGCAACAACAACAACACUUGCUUCAACAACAGUGCCAACUACUUCAAGAACAACAACUGCUACUGAAACAACAACUACACUAUCUACAACCACAACUGUGCCUUCCACUACUACAUCAGCUUCAGCAACAACAUUUGCUUCAACAACUGUGCCAACAUCUUCGGAAACAACAACUACAUCAUCUACAACCCCAACUCAUCCUUCCACUACUACAUCAGCUUCAACAACAACAGAGGCAACAACUACAUCAGCUUCAACAACACUUGCUUCAACAACUGUGCCAACAUCUUCAGGAAUACUAACUGCAGCUGAAACAACAACUACAUCAUCUAAAACCCCAACUCAUCCUUCUACUACUACAUCAGCUUCAACAACAGAGGCAACAACAACAACACUUGCUUCAACAACAGUGCCAACUACUUCAAGAACAACAACUGCUGCUGAAACAACAACUACACUAUCUACAACCACAACUGUGCCUUCCACUACUACAUCAGCUUCAACAACAACUGAGGCAACAACAACACUUACUUCAACAACAGUGCCAGCAACUUCAGGAACAACAACUCUAGCUGAAACAACAAUUACAUCAUCCACAACCCCAACUCAUCCUUCCACUACUACAUCAGCUUCAACAACAGUGCCAACAACUUCAGGAACAACAACUCUAGCUGAAACAACAAUUACAUCAUCCACAACCCCAACUCAUCCUUCCACUACUACAUCAGCUUCAACAACAGUGCCAACAACUUCAGGAACAACAACUCUAGCUGAAACAACAAUUACAUCAUCCACAACCCCAACUCAUCCUUCCACUACUACAUCAGCUUCAACAACAAUGCCAACAACUUCAGGAACAACAACUCUAGCUGAAACAACAAUUACAUCAUCCACAACCCCAACUCAUCCUUCCACUACUACAUCAGCUUCAACAACAGAGGCAACAACAACACUUACUUCAACAACAGUGUCAACUACUUCAAGAACAACAACUGCUGCUGAAACAACAACUACACCAUCUACAACCACAACUGAGCCUUCCACUACUACAUCAGCUUCAACAACAACAUUUGCUUCAACAACUGUGCCAACAUCUUCAGGAACAACAACUGCAGCUGAAACAACAACCACAUCACCCGCAACCCCAACUCAUCCUUCCACUACUACAUCAGCUUCAACAACAGAGGCAACAACAACAACACUUGCUUCAACAACAGUGCCAACUACUUCAAGAACAACAACUGCUGCUGAAACAACAACUACACUAUCUACAACCACAACUGUGCCUUCCACUACAACAUCAGCUUCAGCAACAACAUUUGCUUUAACAACUGUGCCAACAUCUUUGGAAACAACAACUACAUCAUCUACAACCCCAACUCAUUCUUCCACUACUACAUCAGCUUCAACAACAACAGAGGCAACAACUACAUCAGCUUCAACAACAACACUUUCUUCAACAACUGUGCCAACAUCUUCAGGAACACUAACUGCAGCUGAAACAACAACUACAUCAUCUAAAGCCCCAACUCAUCCUUCCAUUACUACAUCAGCUUCAACAACAACACCUACUUCAACAACAACACCUACUUCAACAACAGUGCCAACUACUUCAGGAAAAACAACAACUGCAGCUGAAACAACAACUAUACUUUUUACAACCACAACUGAACAUUCCACUACUACACUAGCUUCAACAACAAAAGAGGCAACAACAACACUUGCUUCAACAACUGUGCCAGCUACUUCAGGAACAACAACUGCAGCUGAAACAACAACUACAUCAUCCACAACCCCAACUCAUCCUUCCACUACUACAUCAGCUUCAACAACAAAAGCAACAACACUUGCUUCAACAACAAUUCCAACUACUUCAGGAAAAACAACUGCAGCUGAAACAACUACACCAUCUACAACAACAACUGAGCUUUCAACUACCACAUCAGCUUCAACAAUAACAGAGACAACAACAACUCCUCUUUCAACAAUAGUGCCAACAUCCUCAGGAACAACAACUGCAGCUGGAACAACAACUAGACUAUCUACAACCCCAACUGAGCCUUCCACUACCACAUCAGCAGCAACAACACUUGCUUCAACAACAGUCACACCAUCUUCAGGAACAACAACUGCAGCUGAAACAACCAAACCAUUUACAACUACAACGGAACCUUCCACUACUACAUCAGCAUCAACAACACAUACACCAUCUACAAUGACAACUACUAUUUCUUUCACCAACACAGCUAAGGCUGUAAGUCAGGCAACAUUUCUUACAACAACAAUAACACCCCCAAUAAUGACAACUGUGUCUCCAGAAACCAUAACUACUGCUGUAACAAUUAUGCCUGCCUUUUCAACACAUGCAUCUUCAUCCUCAACCCCAACAACAACAACUGAACCGCCUAGCACCCCAAAAACAUCCAUGACAACUGAGACUCUACUUUCCGUCACUGCAAUUCCAUCUGUUAUUUCAACCACAGCUCUGAGCAAUACACCCACCAUUACAAGCACAAGCCUAGCUGAAACUCAAACAACAUCCACAGUUCAAACAACUUCUGAAAAUCUGUUACACACAACUCAAGCUUUUACCAGCACAUCUCCUGCUGGUCAUUCAUUUUCAAUUACAACCAAAACCACUUCAGGUCCAACAACAGGGGCAAACAUGCAACCUGAAUCUACAACUACAUCAACAACUACAACAGGAAUUAUAACAGGUCUCACCAAUACAGUUGAAUUUCCAGUAGUGGUUCCAAUAACAGCAGCAACAGUGGGCCAGAAUGCAAAUAUGUCAAAUUUAGAAACAUCCAAAGUAUCCACAAUUACAAGUCAAACAUCAAUCAAAACAACACCAGCAGAGAUUCUAACAAGCAGUACAUCUAUGAACAGUUCAACAACUAUUCAAGCAGAUGUUUCAGGCAUACCUAAAGCAUUCACAACAAAUGUGACCAGUGCUGCAACAGUCACUGCGAAGCUGGUAUUCACAUCCUUGUCUUCAGUGCCCCAGGAAAAUCUGGUUCUUGGUGCAAUCAGCACUCUCCUGAAUUCUAGAAAGUCACAUCUCAAUGAAUCUCUGACCAUUGUCAAUGUUACCUAUCAGAACAUCUCUGAAACUGCUUAUGUUGUCAUCUUGAAUAUUAAUUUGAAUAAUAUCAGCACGUCUGAGGAUCCUCAGCAGAGAAACAGCACAUACCAAUAUGUCCAGGAUGUUGUCAAUAAUGCGCUGAAUACUCUUCUGAAUGAACCCACUAGUGCACCUUUACAACCUAAAUCAUCAAACUUCACGAGCACAUUAAACCAAAUUGAUGGUAUUAUGGGAUACACCUUCCAGGAAGGAGAUGUUAUGCAACCAGUCAGCUUUCUGAAUGAGCUUCGUUCUCCAACAGAAUACACUACAACAGUAAUUCCUAAAUCAACAGUGUCGUUCACUUUGGCUCCUGUAAAACUAAUAUCAGGUUCAGCGGUGGUCACAAGCAUGCUUCUGUUCAACUCCUCAUCUCCAGUCCCCAGUGAAGCUCUGGUCCUCAAUGCUGUCAACACUCUUCUCACAUCUAGAGAAUCACGACUCAAUCAAUCAGUAAAAAUUGUGAACAUUACCUAUGAGAAACUCUCAGACACCUCAUAUGCCAUCAUCUUUACAUUUGAUCUGCCGAAUAUCAGCAUUCCUGAAGACCCUGUACUCAAAAACAAGAGCUACAAUCAAGUGGAGAGUAAUGUCAACAAUGCAUUGAAUACUCUUCUGAAUGAACCUACGAGUGCACCUUUACAACCCAAAUCAGCAAACUUCACGAGCACAUCUAACCACAUUGCUGGCAUUAUGGGAUACACCUUCCAGGAUCAAGAUGUCAUCCAACCAGUCAGCUUCCUGAAUGAACUUCGUUCACUGACAGUAGUGACAACUACACCGGCCAGUACUACGGUGACUUCUGCAAUCCCAAUAUCUGGUUCAGCGGUGGUCACAAGCAGGUUGUUGUUCAACUCCUCAUCUCCAGCCCCCAGUGAAGCUCUGGUCCUCAGUGCUGUCAACACUCUUCUCAAAUCUAGAGAACCACAGCUCAAUCAAUCAGUGAAAAUUGUGAAUGUCACCUAUGAGAAACUCUCAGACACCUCAUAUGCCAUCAUCUUUACAUUUGAUCUGCCGAAUAUCAGCAUUCCUGAAGACCCUGUACUCAAAAACAAGAGCUACAAUCAAGUGGAGAGUAAUGUCAACAAUGCACUGAAUACUCUUCUGAAUGAACCUACAAGUGCACCUUUACAACCCAAAUCAGCAAACUUCACGAGCACAUCUAACCACAUUGCGGGCAUUAUGGGAUACACCUUCCAGGAUCAAGAUGUCAUCCAACCAGUCAGCUUCCUGAAUGAACUUCGUUCACUGACAGUAGUGACAACUACACCGGCCAGUACUACGGUGACUUCUGCAAUCCCAAUAUCUGGUUCAGCGGUGGUCACAAGCAGGUUGUUGUUCAACUCCUCAUCUCCAGUCCCCAGUGAAGCUCUGGUCCUCAGUGCUGUCAACACUCUUCUCAAAUCUAGAGAACCACAGCUCAAUCAAUCAGUGAAAAUUGUGAAUGUCACCUAUGAGAAACUCUCAGACACCUCAUAUGCCAUCAUCUUUACAUUUGAUCUGCCGAAUAUCAGCAUUCCUGAAGACCCUGUACUCAAAAACAAGAGCUACAAUCAAGUGGAGAGUAAUGUCAACAAUGCAUUGAAUACUCUUCUGAAUGAACCUACAAGUGCACCUUUACAACCCAAAUCAGCAAACUUCACGAGCACAUCUAACCCCAUUGCGGGCAUUAUGGGAUACACCUUCCAGGAUCAAGAUGUCAUCCAACCAGUCAGCUUCCUGAAUGAACUUCGUUCACUGACAGUAGUGACAACUACACCGGCCAGUACUACGGUGACUUCUGCAAUCCCAAUAUCUGGUUCAGCGGUGGUCACAAGCAGGUUGUUGUUCAACUCCUCAUCUCCAGUCCCCAGUGAAGCUCUGGUCCUCAGUGCUGUCAACACUCUUCUCAAAUCUAGAGAACCACAGCUCAAUCAAUCAGUGAAAAUUGUGAAUGUCACCUAUGAGAAACUCUCAGACACCUCAUAUGCCAUCAUCUUUACAUUUGAUCUGCCGAAUAUCAGCAUUCCUGAAGACCCUGUACUCAAAAACAAGAGCUACAAUCAAGUGGAGAGUAAUGUCAACAAUGCAUUGAAUACUCUUCUGAAUGAACCUACAAGUGCACCUUUACAACCCAAAUCAGCAAACUUCACGAGCACAUCUAACCACAUUGCGGGCAUUAUGGGAUACAUCUUCCAGGAUCAAGAUGUCAUCCAACCAGUCAGCUUCCUGAAUGAACUUCGUUCACUGACAGUAGUGACAACUACACCGGCCAGUACUACGGUGACUUCUGCAAUCCCAAUAUCUGGUUCAGCGGUGGUCACAAGCAGGUUGUUGUUCAACUCCUCAUCUCCAGUCCCCAGUGAAGCUCUGGUCCUCAGUGCUGUCAACACUCUUCUCAAAUCUAGAGAACCACAGCUCAAUCAAUCAGUGAAAAUUGUGAAUGUCACCUAUGAGAAACUCUCAGACACCUCAUAUGCCAUCAUCUUUACAUUUGAUCUGCCGAAUAUCAGCAUUCCUGAAGACCCUGUACUCAAAAACAAGAGCUACAAUCAAGUGGAGAGUAAUGUCAACAAUGCACUGAAUACUCUUCUGAAUGAACCUACAAGUGCACCUUUACAACCCAAAUCAGCAAACUUCACGAGCACAUCUAACCACAUUGCGGGCAUUAUGGGAUACACCUUCCAGGAUCAAGAUGUCAUCCAACCAGUCAGCUUCCUGAAUGAACUUCGUUCACUGACAGUAGUGACAACUACACCGGCCAGUACUACGGUGACUUCUGCAAUCCCAAUAUCUGGUUCAGCGGUGGUCACAAGCAGGUUGUUGUUCAACUCCUCAUCUCCAGUCCCCAGUGAAGCUCUGGUCCUCAGUGCUGUCAACACUCUUCUCAAAUCUAGAGAACCACAGCUCAAUCAAUCAGUGAAAAUUGUGAAUGUCACCUAUGAGAAACUCUCAGACACCUCAUAUGCCAUCAUCUUUACAUUUGAUCUGCCGAAUAUCAGCAUUCCUGAAGACCCUGUACUCAAAAACAAGAGCUACAAUCAAGUGGAGAGUAAUGUCAACAAUGCAUUGAAUACUCUUCUGAAUGAACCUACAAGUGCACCUUUACAACCCAAAUCAGCAAACUUCACGAGCACAUCUAACCACAUUGCGGGCAUUAUGGGAUACACCUUCCAGGAUCAAGAUGUCAUCCAACCAGUCAGCUUCCUGAAUGAACUUCGUUCACUGACAGGUUUGUUAGCUUUGUUGACUUGGGUAGUGACAACUACACCGGCCAGUACUACGGUGACUUCUGCAAUCCCAAUAUCUGGUUCAGCGGUGGUCACAAGCAGGCUGUUGUUCAACUCCUCAUCUCCAGUCCCCAGUGAAGCUCUGGUCCUCAGUGCUGUCAACACUCUUCUCAAAUCUAGAGAACCACAGCUCAAUCAAUCAGUGAAAAUUGUGAAUGUCACCUAUGAGAAACUCUCAGACACCUCAUAUGCCAUCAUCUUUACAUUUGAUCUGCCGAAUAUCAGCAUUCCUGAAGACCCUGUACUCAAAAACAAGAGCUACAAUCAAGUGGAGAGUAAUGUCAACAAUGCAUUGAAUACUCUUCUGAAUGAACCUACAAGUGCACCUUUACAACCCAAAUCAGCAAACUUCACGAGCACAUCUAACCACAUUGCGGGCAUUAUGGGAUACAUCUUCCAGGAUCAAGAUGUCAUCCAACCAGUCAGCUUCCUGAAUGAACUUCGUUCACUGACAGUAGUGACAACUACACCGGCCAGUACUACGGUGACUUCUGCAAUCCCAAUAUCUGGUUCAGCGGUGGUCACAAGCAGGCUGUUGUUCAACUCCUCAUCUCCAGUCCCCAGUGAAGCUCUGGUCCUCAGUGCUGUCAACACUCUUCUCAAAUCUAGAGAACCACAGCUCAAUCAAUCAGUGAAAAUUGUGAAUGUCACCUAUGAGAAACUCUCAGACACCUCAUAUGCCAUCAUCUUUACAUUUGAUCUGCCGAAUAUCAGCAUUCCUGAAGACCCUGUACUCAAAAACAAGAGCUACAAUCAAGUGGAGAGUAAUGUCAACAAUGCACUGAAUACUCUUCUGAAUGAACCUACAAGUGCACCUUUACAACCCAAAUCAGCAAACUUCACGAGCACAUCUAACCACAUUGCGGGCAUUAUGGGAUACACCUUCCAGGAUCAAGAUGUCAUCCAACCAGUCAGCUUCCUGAAUGAACUUCGUUCACUGACAGGUUUUAGUGACAACUACACCGGCCAGUACUACAGUGACUUCUGCAAUCCCAAUGUAAGAUCUGGUUCAGCGGUGGUCACAAGCAGGUUGUUGUUCAACUCCUCAUCUCCAGUCCCCAGUGAAGCUCUGGUCCUCAGUGCUGUCAACACUCUUCUCAAAUCUAGAGAACCACAGAUCAAUCAAUCAGUGAAAAUUGUGAAUGUCACCUAUGAGAAACUCUCAGACACCUCAUAUGCCAUCAUCUUUACAUUUGAUCUGCCGAAUAUCAGCAUUCCUGAAGACCCUGUACUCAAAAACAAGAGCUACAAUCAAGUGGAGAGUAAUGUCAACAAUGCACUGAAUACUCUUCUGAAUGAACCUACAAGUGCACCUUUACAACCCAAAUCAGCAAACUUCACGAGCACAUCUAUCCACAUUGCGGGCAUUAUGGGAUACACCUUCCAGGAUCAAGAUGUCAUCCAACCAGUCAGCUUCCUGAAUGAACUUCGUUCACUGACAGGUUUUAGUGACAACUACACCGGCCAGUACUACAGUGACUUCUGCAAUCCCAAUGUAAGAUCUGGUUCAGCGGUGGUCACAAGCAGGUUGUUGUUCAACUCCUCAUCUCCAGUCCCCAGUGAAGCUCUGGUCCUCAGUGCUGUCAACACUCUUCUCAAAUCUAGAGAACCACAGCUCAAUCAAUCAGUGAAAAUUGUGAAUGUCACCUAUGAGAAACUCUCAGACACCUCAUAUGCCAUCAUCUUUACAUUUGAUCUGCCGAAUAUCAGCAUUUCUGAAGACCCUGUACUCAAAAACAAGAGCUACAAUCAAGUGGAGAGUAAUGUCAACAAUGCAUUGAAUACUCUUCUGAAUGAACCUACAAGUGCACCUUUACAACCCAAAUCAGCAAACUUCACGAGCACAUCUAACCACAUUGCGGGCAUUAUGGGAUACACCUUCCAGGAUCAAGAUGUCAUCCAACCAGUCAGCUUCCUGAAUGAACUUCGUUCACUGACAGGUUUUAGUGACAACUACACCGGCCAGUACUACGGUGACUUCUGCAAUCCCAAUGUAAGAUCUGGUUCAGCGGUGGUCACAAGCAGGUUGUUGUUCAACUCCUCAUCUCCAGUCCCCAGUGAAGCUCUGGUCCUCAGUGCUGUCAACACUCUUCUCAAAUCUAGAGAACCACAGAUCAAUCAAUCAGUGAAAAUUGUGAAUGUCACCUAUGAGAAACUCUCAGACACCUCAUAUGCCAUCAUCUUUACAUUUGAUCUGCCGAAUAUCAGCAUUCCUGAAGACCCUGUACUCAAAAACAAGAGCUACAAUCAAGUGGAGAGUAAUGUCAACAAUGCACUGAAUACUCUUCUGAAUGAACCUACAAGUGCACCUUUACAACCCAAAUCAGCAAACUUCACGUAA